AUGCAAAGCGAAGAAAACGGCUUAUGUGUAUAUAUACAAUAUAUUGAAGAGAGUGUCAGACGAAAAACGCACAAUUUGCCGACGGCGAUGAGGAAAAGAUGGAGAGGAGUAACAACAGCAGCAAAAGGCCCAAUGAUUUCCGAUAAUCGCGCUGUCUGUUCACUCUAUUUGCUCAAUACACUAUUUCAUCGAAGAGCAUCUCCUGCGUCUCGCGUGUUUUUAUUCAAUUUGAAGAGAGUAAAAAGAAAGGGGGAAGAUGUGUCGUUUUUUUUGGAUGUGCUUCUUCUUCUUCUUUUUCUCUGCGAGGAGUGCGCGGGAAAAAUUGAGAAUGAUUAUAUGGAUGGAUAAAAUGAUAGAAAAAAAGAAGAUAAGAGUACUUGAUGAUAAUGAAAAGAAAUAUGAGAAUUGUGUAUAGAUUUUCAAGAAAUGAAAAUAUAUAUUGGGAGAUUAGAAGUUAUUAUAAACCAGAAAUGAGCACUUACAAUUAGGAUGUUCCAGAUUUAUAUGAGAACUGGGAAAACUUUUGGAACGAGGCAAAAAUCUACAAAAUUCAUCAGAAAAAUUUAGAUUUUGGGCAAUAAUAUCGGCUCCGACUUUGGAAAAAUGUUUCCUCAAGUGGAAAUUUUCCCAAUAUUUUUCCACAUAGAUAGACACAUAAUAUUUGACAUCGAAAUAUCAAUUCCAACACAGAUCUGAAUUCUUCCCAAUUUUCUAAAAACCCAGAAAAUUCUUGGUCUCGAAAAAUACGUAAAGAGUUUGAAAUAUCACCGAACUAUUUUCUCUUUAGAAAAAUUGAUAAUUAUUUAAUUUCGUCAGAAUUUCAUUAUUUUAUUUUCGAGACUAAUUGUAAAUACAGGGUUUUAUUAGAGUCGAAUUUCAAAAUACGAUGAAAAUUAUUGAUUCAGUGUCAGUUUUCUUCAUAGUUCUAUUCUCUUUAGAUUUUUAGUUCAUUCAUUUUUAUUCCUACUCCAUUAAAAUAUGAAUCCAAAUAAUUCCAUCAAAUGUAACCCAGGAAACAAAAACCGUUGAAUUCCACACAAAAAUGAUUUUCUCAAUAGAGCGCAUUUGCAUCAUUUGCUAUUUCACGUGUUAUUUUUCCAGUUACUUUCUUAGUUUUACUUAUCUAAUGAAACUCGGAAUUUUUGACUCGAUUAUUAUUGAUAAAAUGAAAUCUUAUUUAUAAUUACUAACCCUACUGUAGAUGAUUGGUGUUUGCACAAUUUUGCCCUGAGUACACAACUUUAUUUGUUUGUUUUUCCCGUUUUCCACAAUUCCUUUUUAGGAAAAAUCGUGGAAAUUUUCAGACUGGCGGUGCUUUUAGAAAAUAGAAACAAAGUUUAGGUGAGUUAUAAUUUCAAUUUAGAAAAAAAGAGAAAUAUCGAUCAGGUUACGAAAAAUGUAAACAAAUAAUAAUAUAGCAGCAUAUAUGAAUAGAAAUACAUUAGAAUUUUUUUGUAUUUUUAUUCAUGCUUUAGAUUGCACUAUACAUAUUUUGAUUGUGGGAAAAUAUAGAUAUGAUUGUCCAAAAAAAUAGGGGGAAAUUUAUUCUGAUCGAAAAUUUAACAAAAAAAAAAUAGGGGGGAUAUAUCAAAUAAUGAUAUUAUUAAAAAUGUGUUUUUUUUCAGCAAUGACAUUUUAUUCCCAAAGAGGAGGAUGUUAUGUUGAAGGACGAGAUUUGAAAGUUGAUGAAGUUAUGAGAGAAUGGCAGAAUAAAUAUUGCACAUUUGAUGAUGUUAAAAUAUGUGUGAGCACAUUUAAUGUAAAUGGAAAAAGUCCGCCAUCGAUUAUUCCAACUUGGUUUAGUUCAGAACCUAAUGAUAUUUGUGAUUUUUAUGCAAUUGGAUUACAAGAAAUGGAUCUUUCUGUUGGAACUUAUAUUAUUGAUAAUACAAAGAAAAUGGAUGAAUGGAUUGAUACAAUUAAAUCGAGUUUGCCUGGUGGAAGAAGUCAAUAUCAUGUUGUGAGUUCAAAUAUUUUCUUUGACUUAUUAAUUCAUAAUUAAUUGGAAUAAUAGAACAAUGAAAAUACGAUAAUUAUGAGAAAAAGAAAAAAGGCAUUUAGCGGUGCCAAACUCAAAUUUUGAAAUGAAUCUCCUACUUAAAAUUUUCGAAAUAAAAAUAAUAUAAAAUACGUGAACGUGACCUUUCCAAUCUCAUUUUUAAACGUGGAUAAUUUUUCAUUUUUCAGAAGAAAACAUAAAAUGUUUGAUUCUCCAUCUAAAUUUUCCUCUAAUAUUAUUGUCCGUUUGGAAAUGAGAUUCACCCCGCGAAAAAAUAAAUUUGAAUUUGAGAAAAUCUCUAAUUUCCCCCUACCCCCGCGAUGCGUGUGCGUUGCGGUCGCUUUCCCAUACAAAACCCCCGUUGGCUGUUUGCCAGCGCACUCUCUCACUGUCUGCGUCUCCUGCAGCAAAUUCAAAUUUAUUUUUUCGCGGGGUGAAUCUCAUUUCCAAACGGACAAUAUAAUUUGCAGAUUACUUCGAUGAGACUUGUCGGAAUAUUUGUUAUUGUUUUACGUUCAUUGAAAGCUACAAAAUUCCAAGUUUCCCAAGUUUAUACGGAUUAUGUUGCAACUGGAAUAUCUGUUUUGAUGAACAAACUUGGAAAUAAGGUUGGUUUUGAAUUUUUAUCAAAUUUCAUUUUAUUUUUUCAAGGGAGGAACUGCAAUUUCUAUGAAAAUCAAUGAUACAUUUGUUUGUUUUGUUAAUUCACAUUUUGCUGCUGGAACAAGUGAAUUAGAAAGAAGAAAUCAAGAUUUUCGUGAUAUUUAUAAUCAAAUAACAUUCAAAGGUCCAAAAGUCUCAAUUUAUGAUCAUGAUGUUGUUUUUUGGUUUGGUGAUUUGAAUUAUCGCCUCAAUUCUGAUUCUGCUGGUUUAACUGGAGAUGAUGUUCGAAGAGUUGCAACUGGCGGACAAUUUGAUUCAUUAUUGAAAUUAUGUCAAUUAAAAGAACAAAUGCAAAUUAGUGAUAUUUUCAAAGGAUUCAAUGAACCAGAAGUUUUCAAAUUUCGACCAACUUAUAAAUAUGAUGUUGGAACAAGUAAUUGGGAUACAAGUGAAAAGGGAAGAGUUCCAGCAUGGACUGAUAGAAUAUUAACAUUUAAAAAGUAUCCAGCAAUUAAUUUAGAUUUGGUGUAAGUUUUGUUAUUUUCGAAACAUCUCGAAAAUGAAUAUUGAUUUAUAGAAAACCAAUGGAAAGUGUUGAAACAAUUUCAAUAUCUGAUCAUAAACCAGUUCGCGCACUUUUCAAAUUGAAUAUAAAAUCGAUUGAUGAGAAAAAAGCGAAUAAAUUAUAUGAAGAAGCAAUUCGAGAAGCUGAUAGAAGAGCAAAUGAUGAAUUACCACAAAUUCAAUUAAGUGUUACUGAAAUUGAUUUUGGAGAUGUCAAUUAUUUGGAUCCGCGUACCAAGUUUAUUACAGUACAAAAUACUGGAAAAUCUACUGUGAGUUUUUUGAAAAUUAUUAUAUUUGUAAUAAUAUAUUGUUGUUUGAAGGUUCGUUUUCAAUUUCGAAUUACACCCGCCGGCCAAACAAUAUGCGCAAAUUGGUUACAGGUAUAUCUAUUGUUUGAAGAUAACAUCUUUUUCAGUUUUUUUCUUAAUCUGAUCUUUUUGUUCUUUUAGGUUACACCAACCCAUUAUGAUAUACCCGAAGGAAAUUCAAUGCAGGUUAGUUUAUUCAUUUCAUUAGUUUUCAGCUGAGAACAAGGUUUUUUCAGAUUUCAAUUACUGUUUCGAUAAAUACAAAAACAGUUAGAGAUUUCAAUGGAAACAAUCCGGUUUUACAGGUUUGAUAUUUUAUUUUUAAGUUUUACAUAUUUUCAAUAUUUUUUAUCUCCAGGAUAUUCUUGUACUUCAUUUGCAAAACGGAAGAGAUUAUUUUAUACCAGUAGUUGCGAAAUACAAUAAAAAGUGAGUCAUUUUAUUGAUAAUUAACAACGAGUAGAAAUGAAUAUUUUCAGAGUAUUUGGAAACUCACUCGAUGAAUUGCUUCGAAACAAACCACAAAAAACGGAAAAUUUGAUAGAUUUUGUGAGUUUUCUUUAUUUUUAUUAAUAAAACAUUAUUGUUUAUUUUUAAGGGCGAUGAUAGUUUUGAUAGUUCGAUAGAUGAUUGUCCAAAAGAUGUUCCGAAAGAGGUGAGUAGAAUAAUUUUUUAAACGUAUACUUUCCAAUAUUCCUCUAAAAUACGACUUUCAGAUUUAUCGAUUAGUAAAUGCUCUUCGUCAUCGCGGACCAGGUCAAUUGAAUAUGUCCGAUCACUCAGAUAAUGCGAUUUUCACAAAAAUCAGAAUCGCGUUGGAAACUGGUGAACCCAGUGAUUUAUGUUAGUUUUAUUGAUAACCCAAAAAAAACUUCAUUAAUUCGAUUUUUCCAGCCAAUUUCGCUUCAUCUUUCAUGUUAUAUAGUGCACUUAUUAGAUUGUUAGACACACUUGAAGGUAUUUUUUAAAAAUUGAAAAGUUAUCAUAAAAUAAACAUACAAUUUUUUAGAUCCAAUUAUCCCGUCUGGAAUGGAAGGAAUGAUUCAUUAUGAAUUUAUAUCGCAUGCAAGAGAUGCUAGAGCGUAAGUUAUUUUAUCAAUCGAACAAUUUAAAUAUACAAAAAAAUUAAUUUCAGAUUAUGGAAAACUGCUGAAAGUUUUCUUCCGAAAGGGAAUCGAAGUGUUCUGGAAUUAGUUUGUCUUAUGUUGAGAGAAUUUAUUAGUCAAAACUAUUCAUUCCGAGGUUAGUUUUCAUUCUUCUUCUUCCCUCCCUCAGAAAUAUUUUAUUUUUUUCAAAAUUGGCAGAUCAAUUACCAUUAUGGUCUCAAAUAUUAUUCCGUUAUCCUCCACAAGUUGUCAAUCUUCAAACUUCUCUUGAUCCACGUGUUGUUGCACUUCAAACACUUUGUGAAUAUGGUCGAGAUGCUCUUGGAGUUUGAUUUUUUGUUUUCGAUAUAUUUAUGCAUAAGUCAAUUAUUACGGGUUCCUUUUUUAAAAAUUCUUUUGGCCAUUUUAAAUUGCCAUUAUUCAGUUUUCUAAUGCUUGUAUUUUGAAAUUACUUACGGUUUUUGGUCAGUUUUUAGUUGAUGAGUUAUUGUGAUAAAACUUAUUUAUUUGCGUUGUGUUUUCUUUUUAUUUUUCCAUGAUAAGCUGUUGAUCAUACAGUUUUUAUACUUUUAAAUUUUUCGAGUUAUUUGAAAAAAAAUUAUCCUUUGGUUUUACAGAUGUCUUGGCUUUUGAAAAAAGUGAAUGACGCGAAAAGUCAAAUACAACAAAGUUUCAAAGAAGCCACUGAAAAUGUUGACGCAGAUCCGAAAACAAAUAACAUUGAAGCAGAGGAAAAAACUGAUGAAUCAGCGGAAAAAUCAAAAACUUCGAUGGCUUCGAUUAUUGGAGGGUUGAAGAUUGGUGGAAAUGUUGCAUCUACAAAAUUAUUCGAAUAUGCUAAUUAUGGAACUGAAAAAUUGAAAGAAGUCAAGCAAGCUGUUAUUGAAAAUGUAAGAUUUUCAAAACUUGAAUGCAAAAAAAAAUCUAAUUCUAGACAUUGAUUGGUGAUUUGAACAAAGAGCAAAAUGAAUUCGAAAAACAAUUGAAAGAUGAAAAGGAGAAAGAUAAUGAGUAUGAAUUGCCUUGGAAUGGAUUACCCGAUGAAGUUUCAGCUAAAAAACAGAUAAUGAAUUUAUCAAUGGAUACACGUAAUUUUCUACGAGAUUCUCCAGCAAAUAGUGAAUAUACUUAUGAUCAACAACAAGCAAUGGCUGCUAUUUUGAUAAAAGAAGAUCCAAAUUUGGCGAAAGUUCGAUUCCAACUUGUACCAAAACAGUUAGUUGUUUUUAUUCUUGAAAAUCUCAAAAGUUUCUGAGUGUUUCGUUUUUCAGAAUCAAAGAAAACAAGUUUUGGCAAAACUAUUUUUAUCGCGUUGGUUUGAUAAGACAAAGUAUUUUGGCACAAAAAGAUCGACAAACUCCUGAACCUUCAGUUUCUGGAAAUGAAAAAGAAGAAAAAGAGAAAAUUGAGGAAAACGCUAUUGUUGAACAACCGAAGGAAAAUGUUGAAGGUUGGUUUUUUGUUAGCGAAAAGUUUUGAUUUAGGGGAAAAUAAGGUUGAAAGUCUUUCCAAUACUAAAAAAGGCAAACUUUGAAACUAUAUUUUUUUUGGAAUUUAGUUGAAGACUACUCUUCAAAAAACAACCGAUAACAAUACAACAAGAACUAGAAAUGACGAAAUAUUGAUUGUUUAUUUUUUCAAUUGAAUUUUUUUGUUCAUUUUUACAUAUAAAAAUAAAAAGUGUUUUACUUCAAAUAAGUUUAAAGAAAUUUCAGCCGCUAAAAAUACGAAUGCUGAAGAUACACAGGAAGAAAAUAAGAAAGAUGAUGAAAAAGAGACAGAUGUAGAUCAAAAUCCAAUCACAACAGAACAACCAACCGGAGGAACUGAAAAUACAAUCACAAGUGCAGGUAGGUUUUGAAUAAACUCUUAUUGUUUUUCAGAAUUCCCAAAAAUCAAUUAUGUUUUCAGAUGAAGAAUGGGAAAAAGAAAUUCUCGCGGAUCUGAAUGAUUAUGAAGAUGUUGUUGAGAAAACUGGCGGAAAAGAUGACGAUGCAUGGGAAGCUGAAAUUCAAGAACUUUUGUUAUCCGAAUAA